AUGGACGAAGACUGGAGCCGUAGACGCCCGAGCAGCAGUAUCAUGGACUACACAUCCCCGAUCAACGACGAGCAACAUGCCCCUCUUACUCGCGUGCCUUCGCAAUCCCACAACAACCGCAGCUUCUACACAUCCCGACAUGGCAAAGCAGCAGCCCAUCAUACUCGACCUCGGCCAGGCCCGAUUACAACCACGCCCAGCUCAUCCAUGAUAAGCGUACCCACCAUGCCGAUUGCGAUCCCAGCAAAUCCUAAUGUCAUACCCGGCAAUACUCUACCCUCUGCGCCUGCAAGUCCGCCGACGCCUGCGCCUUCUCCGACCCCGAUGCAUCGUGGUCCGGACUGGAGUACCGCCGACCCGAGCGAGGAUAUGGGUGAUAUCGAGCUCGAUGACGGUCAUGCGGAUGCCUCGCAGCAGACGAGCACCGGCUCAGCUCGUGGCUAUGGGUUCGGCUAUCGGCAUAUGCGCGCCAUGUUUGCCGAUAUGGACAAUGACGAGCGGCAGCGGAUGUUGUCCGAGCUGCUGAAUAUGUGUGAUGGCAAACUGCUAGGUUUCGUCGCGAACUUUGUCGGGCCGAGACUGAAACGUGAUCCCUUCAGCGUUUUGCCGAAUGAGCUAUGUCUGAGGAUCUUGACGUUCAUCAUGGAUGCGACGUCGUUGGCGAGGAGUUCGCAAGUUAGUAGACGGUGGAGGGAACUGGUCAGCGACGACAUGGCCUGGAAGAGCUUAUGCGAAAGACACGCCUACCGACGCCUCUCAGACGAAAGUCCAACAAGCAGCGGUGCGCGACCAAUUCCGGGCGCACAAUCUGGAUCUAGCCACAAUGGCCAAUCAUACAACUCACCCUACGGCUACAAUCCCCAACAACCCUUCCACCACGCCUCCAACUCCCUCGUCGCCACCCUCUCCUCCAGCGCCCCAGACCUCACCCGCCGCACAAGCCUCAACACAAACCCCUCCGCCAUCCUGCCUCCAACCCUCAGCACCCGCUCCGCCUCCUCCACCCGCCGAAAAGGCCUCCACCAAAAACCCAUCUCCUACCGCUCCCACUUCAAACAACGCUACCAAGUCGAGACCGCCUGGCGCCACGGCGGCAUCGUCUCCACGAAGCAAAUCACCCCGGACCAGGGCGUAGUAACCUCGCUCCACCUCACGCCCUCCUACAUCAUCGUGGCUCUAGACAACGCCAAGAUCCACGUCUUCGACACCCAAGGCCACCACUUACGCUGUCUCCAAGGCCACGUCAUGGGCGUCUGGGCCAUGGUGCCCUGUGGCGAUACCCUAGUCUCCGGUGGUUGCGACCGGGACGUCCGAGUUUGGGAUCUCACGACGGGGAUGGCGACGCAUAUGCUUAGGGGCCAUACGAGUACUGUCCGCUGUCUCAAGAUGAGCGGCAAGGACAUCGCCAUCUCCGGGUCGAGGGACACGACGCUCAGGGUGUGGGAUAUUCGACGCGGGGUUUGUAAACAUGUCCUCAUCGGCCAUCAAGCGAGUGUCAGGUGUUUGGAGAUUCAUGGCGAUUUGGUCGUGUCGGGAUCGUAUGAUACGACGGCUAGGAUCUGGUCGAUUUCCGAGGGAAGGUGUUUGAGGACGCUACAGGGGCAUUUCAGCCAAAUCUAUGCUGUGGCGUUUGAUGGCCGCCGCGUCGCUACGGGGUCCUUGGAUACUUCUGUCCGCGUCUGGGACCCCCAUACCGGCCGCUGCCUCGCCCAGCUCCAGGGCCAUACUUCCCUUGUCGGCCAACUACAACUUAGAGAUAACACUCUCGUGACAGGAGGUUCAGACGGCUCCGUGCGCGUCUGGAGUUUGAACACUUUCUCCGCUGUUCAUAGGCUCGCGGCGCACGAUAACAGUGUUACUUCGCUGCAAUUCGAUGAUGGGAGGAUCGUGUCCGGGGGUAGUGAUGGCAGGGUGAAAGUGUGGGAUUUGGCGAGGGGGAGUUUGGUUAGGGAACUGGGGAGUCCGGCUGAGGCGGUCUGGAGGGUGGUGUUUGAGGAGGAGAAGGCGGUUGUGCUUGCUAGUAGGGGGGGCAAGACUGUCAUGGAGGUCUGGUCUUUCGCCCCUCCUCUCGACGACCACCACCACCAACAAUCCGGUACCUCCACCCCCGCCGCUUCACCUCGCCAUAGUAGUCUGCUCUCAUCCUCCCCGAUCCCUUCUUCCUCCUCCGCUGCUUACAGGACCGUGGCUGCCAGCCCCCCACCCCCUGUCAUCGCACCGUAUGAGGAUCCGGCUUAUGGUGAGAGACCCUCGUAUGGGUAUUCGGACGAAGGAAGACGGCUUGUUGAGGAGAUCCACGAGGAGAAUUCGAGGAAAGUGGCGAGCGGGCAGGAGGAUGCGGUUAUGAGGGAUGUUUACGAGAAUGAUGGGCGGGAACAAGGUUGGGGUGAGUCGAAUAUGGGUGAUGAGAGGUAUGAGCGUGCUGGUGAGCAUGACGGGACAUGA